AUGAACUCCACGGGGGGGGGGCUCAAAAGGCUGGGUCCACUCAGCAGUUCUCACUUCCAAUGGGAACAGAUGAGCUCAGCGGCCCAGCCAAUCACGGGCCUCCAGUUCCCCAUUGCUGUGACACCUGACAUGGCACCAAAAAUGGGCGUCGCCUUUUUCCCACUGAUUACAGUUUACUUGAUGCAACCAAAGUGCCGCAUCCCAGAGAAUCUCCACCAGCCACCAGCACUUGGUGCUUCUAUUUCCUGCACACCUUCUGUCCAGCGGGUGCCCCCUGUUCCAGCAUUACCUGCUACCUGCUGUGUCGAGCAGAAAUCCUGGCACCCUGAGUGGACCGCUACGGUUCAGGGUGCUUCCUGUUCGUGUCUUACUGGUUCUUUCUGCAAGCCCCACGUCCGUGCCGUGACAGCUCCAGUGUUCCAGGCUACUGGCGCAAGGCAGGGACCAACCCAUCGCACACCUACGGGUUCUAGGAUAGGCUCUGGACCCCCUUCCACCCUGAAUAGGACAAGUGGUUUUGGAAAAUGGAUGGAUGCUCUAGAAGCAGCUGAUAGGUACCAGCAGGCCAAGUGGAAUGUGACUCUAGCAGUGGGAGAAGUGAAAACUCAGGUGUGGAAGGAAUUUGGUAUGGACAUGGCGAAGAAUUUGGUCAGCUUUGAAGAGAUUCUGGCAAAGCUUCAAGCAACUCAGGAGGGGGAAGCAGAUGAGUUACUGGCUCAAGCAGAGGAAAUUAAGUAGCUUGGGGUUUUGUUUAUGAGUGUGGGGAGUGGGAGAUUGACGAGCAGAUCGGUGCAGUGUCUGUUAUGAUAAAG